AGACACCGUGUGAACCUCAUCGUGAAUAGACGAUCUUCGCAAACGUCCAGCAGCAGCCAUACAUUCGCUGUUGGCAUAUGGAGGGAUUCCGCGGCUGCAGCAGAGGUUCCCCGCUGUCCCUCUCUCAACCAACCGCUGUGUGGAUGAUGACUGACUUCGUUUGAUCGAUUUAACCCGAGAAACCUUCAAACAGGAAGCGCGGACGCGGCAAGAAGCCAACAGAAACAGCAGCAGUUGACGGUCGCUGUUUGCUCCCCUGUCAUAGUGACAGCUCCACAGCACCGGCUGCAGUCGUAACGUUAGUAAUCGACUGACAGGUAUGUCUUCGUCCGCCGCACGAGACACCGUCGUUAAAAAGAAGCACGUUCGUUUCGCCAGCAUGGAGGACGACGACGACAACGACGACCAGGAGGAGGACACCUUGUUUGACAAGAGGAAGGACACCGGCAGAGGGCUGAAGAGUGCGCUGAAGGCGGUGAAGAGGACGAGAGCGGGAUGCGGCGACCGAGUGGAAGUGGUCGGCGGAGGAAGGGGCGCAUAUGGAACGUGCAGGCGCUGGAUGGUCACCCUCGCGCUCUGUGCAUCCUUCCUGGGCUUGGGGAUGAGUAUCUCUGUGCUCGGCCCCACAUUUGAGGACCUGGCUGUUAAUGUGAAGAAGAACAUCAGCAACAUUUCUUACAUCUUCGUCGGUCGCUCUGCGGGCUACAUCGGUGGUUCGCUCGUAGGAGGGAUUCUCUUCGACUGCAUGAACCCCCACCUCCUGCUCGGGUUUUCUAUGCUGGUCACAGCGUUUGGAAUGUGUGCUAUCCCUUUCUGUAAGCAGGCUCUGCUCCUCACUGGACUCAUGUCCAGCAUCGGGAUGUCUAUGGGUGUUCUGGAUACAGGUGGAAAUGUCCUCAUACUGAACACAUGGGGCGAGCAGGCGGGCCCUCACAUGCAGGCUCUGCACUUCAGCUUCGCAGCCGGGGCCUUCGUGUCUCCGAUCAUAGCCAAGCUGCUGUUUGGGCCCGACGGGAACAGCAGCACAGGAACCACACCCAGCAACUCUACACCUCCUGUCGCCACAGAGCAGAUCACCAGAGCCCCGGACACUCACGCAAUCCUCCACUGGGUUCACAGCAAGAGCAGCACCCUCAAAUCCAUGUGGGCCUACGUUGUGAUCGGCUCUUUUGUCUUCCUCGUCUCCUUCCUCUUCUUCAUCCUCUACUCUCGCAGCAGCAUUUCACGGGACAAAGCCCGCACGCCUUCAGGGAAGCCCCUGGUGGCCAAACAUCACAUGGCUCUUGUUGUACUGCUCUUCUUCUUCUUCUUUGCCUAUGUAGGUGCUGAGGUAGCAUACGGCUCCUUCAUCUACACCUUCGCCAAGGAUCACGCUCACAUGGAUCAGUCCCAGGCAGCUGGACUCAACUCAUUGUUCUGGGCCACAUUUGCCGCCUGCAGGGGGUUGGCCAUCUUCUUUGCGGCCUGCAUGUACCCGGGUACCAUGAUCCUGCUCAGCCUGGUGGGCUCCACCGUGUCCUCUCUGCUCCUCUGCCUCUUCAGCAGGAAGAACGUGGCCCUGUGGAUUUGCACCGGUCUGUACGGUGCGUCAAUGGCCACCACCUUCCCAAGCGGUAUCUCCUGGGUGGAGCAGUACACCACGGUGACGGGCCACACGGCAGCGACCUUUGUGGUUGGCGCAGCGCUGGGUGAGAUGGUGCUGCCUGCUCUGGUAGGCUUCCUGCUCGGGAAGUUCCAGGACCAACCCCUGCUCAUGUACCUGGCGCUCAUCACCUCCACCUUCACCUCCAUCCUCUUCCCGGUCAUGUACAAGCUGGCUUCGGCCCCCAGCGGCCAGAGCAGGAAGCCCCGCGCCAGGGGCCGGCCUGACGCAGAUGACAGCGAGUACCGCCAGGCACUGCUGGACUCGGGAGCUAACGAGGAGGAGGAGGAGGAAGAGGAGGAGCAGGACAACGAGGCCGAUCAGUGGAACGAUGCAGACUUUGAGGUCAUUGAAAUGGACGACACAGCGAGUCUCGUCAGUUCACCCAGCAAGGCUUCCUCUCCUCCCGACAUCCCCGGCCUAACAGGAAGCUCUGCUGCCUCUAACAGCCAGGGGACAGAGCCUGCAGCUGGAGACUCUUUCUCAGACACCAUCUCCCUGGUGGGAGACUCCCCCAGACGCAAACUACUGCUCUCUCUGGACAGAGAGAAGAGAGACUGAGAGCUCCUCCUGUGAUUUCUAAGUGCUCCCUAAACUCUAAUAGAGCCGUGCCUCUACAUGUCUGUGCUCGUUUGUCUGUCCAGAACCUGAAAACUCCAAUAUGUAUGAACACUUCUGAUGAUUUACUGUGCAGUGAACGCAACACUGACGACUGACCGAAACCUGUGCAGCUUGUAAACCAGUGUGUGGACUCAAAGUUUGGAUUUUGCACAGACUCAUCAGCAUCUUUUAAAGCUCCUCCUGAAUGAAGGACUGGUAGGGGCCGACACGUUUCAUCUGUAGAUCUGAAUAUGUGAUUUGGAGUAGGCUUUUCACGACGGGUUCCCUUCCUGACCCAACCCUCCCCGUUUAUCCGGGUUGGGCAGUUAGGAAUGGACUGGCUUGUCCAUCAGCAUAGGCUCAGGGCCAAACUGGACUUCAGUAUCUUGCUGAAGGACACUUGGACAACACGCGAACAGGAGGUGAAAACCGACGACCCUCUCUUCAACCUGAGCCACCCCUCACCUAACAUUAUACAUCAUUGAUUCUCUACAGGGGGUCUGUUGGCCUGCUCCCCUCCAGUGCUCACCGUAAGCUAGAGAACAGGGCUGGUAGAAUUCAGUGCCUUGCUUGAGGACACAAGAGCUGAGUGGAUGACGCCCUCCUCUUUAUCGCUCCACUCUGCUGCCAAAUGCUGAGGUUUUAAAACUGUAAUUUAAUUUUGCACUACUGCAGUGAUGAUAGUUGUAAGAUUUGAAGGGAGCU